AUGGAUAAAUCUAUCGUGAAGGGGCUGAAUGAUAAACUAUACGAGAAGCGUAAAAGCACGGCUCUUGAACUAGAAAGGUUGGUCAAGCAAUGUGUUAUGGACGAAAACUAUGCUAGAAUUGAUAAGAUAAUAGAUGAGCUGUGCAGAGAUUACACAUAUGCUCUACACCAACCCAUGGCUAGGAACGCAGGGCUGAUGGGGUUGGCGGCCGCCGCAAUAGCAUUGAGUACAAAUGAUGUGGGCAGGUAUUUGAAGCAUAUUUUGCCUCCAGUGUUAGCAUGCUUUGGAGAUCAGAAUGAUCAGGUAAGAUUCUACGCCUGUGAAAGUUUGUACAAUAUUGCUAAGAUUGCUAAAGGAGAAAUUCUUGUUUACUUCAACGAGGUCUUCGAUGUGCUUUGCAAGAUAAGUGCAGAUACGGAAAACUCAGUGAGAGGGGCAGCUGAAUUGUUAGAUCGUUUGAUAAAGGAUAUUGUCGCGGAAACUGCCUCAAAUUAUGUCAGCGUCGUUAAUGUAGAUCCUCGCGAGGUAUCCCAUUCUACUAGAACCGAUCCUGUCACAGGAAACGUUUAUCAGGGAGACUAUGAACAAAAUAGUUCGCUUGCAUUUUCUUUAGCAAGAUUUAUACCUCUAUUGUCUGAGAGGAUUUAUACAAUAAAUCCAGACACAAGAGUCUUUCUUGUGGAUUGGUUGAAGGUUCUACUAAACACGCCCGGUCUCGAAUUAAUUACUUUUUUACCCUCAUUUUUAGGUGGAUUAUUUACCUUCUUGGGAGACUCUCACAAAGACGUCAGGACUGUUACACACGCCCUUAUGGAUUUGCUACUCCACGAGGUUGACAGAGUCUCAAAACUACAAGACGAAAUCGAAAAGACUGAGCUGCAAAGAAAAAGGUUAAUAGACGAUAAAAACGAUACGCCAUCAAAGAAGAUUGAUGGAAUUUUGAUUGCUGAAAAAAAAAAGACCUUGAUGAAUGCCUUGGGAAAGCUAUCCGUUGACCCUAACGGUGCUGCCUCUGAAUCUUCAUUAGUUUCUGAUGAUGCCAAUUCAGACCAAUUAGAAGAGGAUUCUUCUUCAAGAAUGCUAGAGCAAAGCCCUGAACAAUCAGAAACUCGAGAUGGAGAAGAAUAUAUUCCAGGACAAGAUAUUCACCUUGAUUUCCCUGAAAUAAUAGAUGUGCUGAUCAACAAUCUUGCAUCUUCCGAAACAGAAAUUCAGUUAGUAGCUCUUCAUUGGAUUAAAGCCAUUCUAUCGUUAUCCCCUGAUGAUUUCGUUCCCUUCUUUUCAAAAAUACUUUCUUUAUUGCUGAAGCUUUUGAGUGAUCCAGAUUCUCGUAUCAGCGAAAGUGCUCAAAUUGUGAACCAAAGACUAGUUGCAUUAUGCAACGAUCAUGAGAAUUUCAAGUAUUCAACAUCUAUAGCGUACGGGUCAAUUGUCAAUACUAUGACAUUGCAAUUUUUUGAUAGUAAGGUUGACGCAAAAAUAGCAUGCUUAGAUUGGUUACUUUUAAUCUACCGCACGGCUCCGGACCAAAUUAUGGAGCACAGCGAAAGCAUGUUCUUGACACUCCUUAAGUCAUUUUCUGACAAAGAUAGCAGGUUAAUAGAAAAAGCUUUGGAGCUCCUGUCUUGUCUUUGCUCUGAUUCAAAUGACAAUUACAUCAAAAAGUUUUUGCAAGAUCUUUUGACAUUGUUUAAAAGAGAUUCGAAACUUCUAAAGGUUAGAGCAAACUUUAUCACAAGGCAAAUAUGUGCAAGGCUAUCUCCUGAACGUAUUUAUAAAGUCAUCUCACCAUUAUUAGAUUUCAAUGAUGACAUCAUUUUUGUACGCAUGAUGAUUCAAAUUUUGAGUACCAAUUUGAUCACUGCUUCAGAGGUCGAACCUCUCCGCAAAAAAUUGAGAAAUGGAGAUGAAGGGGCAUUUUUUAGAACACUUUUCAAGUCAUGGUGCUACAAUCCUGUUUCUGUAAUAUCCCUAUGUCUAGUUUCAGAGAAUUAUGAAAUGGCUUAUUCUGUUCUACAAGCUUUUGUCGAUUAUGAUUUAUCUCUCAACGAUUUAGUGCAACUAGAUGUUCUAGUUCAGUUGCUGGAAUCACCUGUCUUCACAAGAAUGAGAUUACAGCUACUAGAGCAGCAAAAGUUUCCUUAUCUGCACAAAUCUUUAUAUGGAAUAUUGAUGAUUUUACCACAAUCAAAGGCAUUUGAUAUUUUGAAUCGCAGGCUUAACAGUGUUAGCAAUUUUGGAUGGAAUUCAUGCAUCGAAAAGCCUUUUUAUGAACAGAGAAACUCGUCACGUUCUAGCGUCCAUACGGGUUCUGACCAGGAAUCUCCCCGUAGAUCCAAAAGUCAAAGCAAUUUACAUUAUAAUGAGUUACUCGAACACUUCAAUACAGUAUGCGAGGCUGUCCGUCCAUCGAUAGCAUAUCUGGACGUCUGCGAUCCAGAUUUACCUUUUCUAAAUACCGCUUAUGAGGGCAAAGGAAGUUUCGAGACUCCGUCCAUAAAUCAUGGACGAGAAUCCUCAGUAAAUAGCAAGAUGGGGAGAGACACGAGUGAAAGUUUUACUGACAACAGCUCAGAAAUAUAUAGAGAUGGUGCUGCCAGUAGAAUAACUAGGCGAAUUUCAGGCAAGUUAAAGAAAUUAAGUAGAACUUAA